CAAGAUAUCAUCAUUAACCCUAACACUCUGUAAUCCCUUCACUCGGUCUGAUCUGCAUCCUCUCUCAGAUUCUCACACUUAACUUACAGAACUCGACCCAGUGGAUUGAAAGAAAUUGCUCGAAUUAGAGAUGGCGAGCGCAGUAGAUGCUGCAGGAGAGCCAAUUCCUACAUCGGCGGUGCUAAUGUCGUCGGCAAAGCACAUUGCGAACAUGUGUCGAUCGGAGAAUGUGGCAUACCUCCAGUGCAAAAAGAAGGAUGCGAACCCGGAGAAAUGCCUCGACAAAGGCCAACAAGUCACUCGCUGCGUCCUUUCUCUGCUUAAAGAUCUUCAUCAAAGGUGCACGAAAGAGAUGGAUGCUUAUGUCGGUUGCAUGUACUACAAUACUAACGAGUUCGAUUUAUGUCGCAAAGAGCAGGAAGCAUUUGAGAAAGGAUGUCCCUUAGAAUGAUUUUCCCCCAUAUGUGUAAAACUCAUUCCAAUAAAAUUUAUUGUCUGCAAUGAUCUAAGUACUGUUGUUGUUGCCUACCCUCUCUGAAUUAAGCUUGUUUCUUCAGAAAAAUGCACUGUUUUCUGUAUGUGUCGGAUUGCGAACCCGAUACACUAUCGCAAACAGAAGAUAAACCGAUCUUUGGCUGCCCCUUUUGGAUUAUUUUCAUGAGCAACCAUCUCUUUUGCUUCUUGAA